AUGUCAUAUACACCUACUUAUAUGCGAAGAUUCGUCGAGAAAGAAACCGCGAAGCCCAGAAAAGGUUUCCAACUCGAGCAAACGGUUGACGAAAUAUUCGGCAUCCUUUUGACACUUGCAGGCGAUAUCAUCCAGAGCAAGAGUCUUCUGACAGAGCAAUCAAGUCUCAUUACUGCUGUCAAAAGCUCUAUGGAACAGGCUCUGGCUUUAGCGAAAAGGGUCAGCGAUUCGCAGGGACAUUUACAAGAACCCACCAACAGCACGGCCGAAUUUCCAAGUGAUGGCCAUGCUUACAGCUGGAAAGCCCCGGAGAAGGGGGUGGACAACCUCGAGCCAAUUAUUACCGUCAAUGGAUCCCAAAGGACCUGUCCGGAAGACACAGCACUACAUACCAAAAAGCCCAUGGUUGUGCCAACAGUGCAUCAGCAAACUUUAUACGAGGAUCAUUCCAGUGACCUCGGGAUUCCAUCAUCGAUCGAACUCCCAUUGCUUCCACCCACUUCCGAAGUUCUCGUCUUUUUGCAGACUCUUGGCUCAUUCCCACUCCGUCUACUACAAAACACACUCUCCCACGGAUGCUUCUUCCUUGAAACGGCUUCGACGAAGGACCUGUAUGAUAUCUUUGGCUCCGCGUUGCUCUUCCGCUCCAAGGAGCAGCUUCUACACCUCUUUCGGUGGUUCUUGGGUCCAGGCAGCCGCUUCAUCUACAGAACAUCAGGAAUUACAUGGGGUGGCCAAGGAGGCAUCAUGGCGCCUACACCAUACCCUGCCGUGAGCACCAUUAUUGAUGCAGAUCAGCACGGCCAAGGCUCGGACUUCCUCACCGUUUUUGGCGUUUGCAAGCAACUACAGACCCUGAGCGCUAGGGUAGUCGACUGCGAUACGAUCGAGAUCAACAUCCCAAGUUCACAACCGCCACACAUUACCCAGGGUAACAAGUCUUCCUCCCCGACCUUUGGGGGUCUUCUCAACUUUCAUUCGGGGCGCCUUCUGGGAGAUGCCUCCCUCACUCUUCGUCUGAGUACGCAUCUGCUCAUUGCGAAUCUGGUUCACACAUCGGCUUGUUGCACUCACGGUCCAGGCUUUCCGCAGAAUAAGCUUGGCCAGGUUAUCCAAUCCUCGACAAUUUGA